UCUCAGUGCGACCCGGAAAUGAGAAGAAGACCUCUUGCUCAGUGGUUUGCAAACCAAGAAUCAGAGUGCGGACGGCUCAGUUCCGGUAUCUGAAUGCCCUCCCUUUGGUCUUGAUAAGGUACGGUAUUCGCUUUUCGUGAGCCUCAUAUAUCAUCCUCGAAAAAAUUUCUAGAUCAAAGACCUCAGAGACAGCAUGCUAAGCUUUCGACCGAAUGAAGAACAGUUGGUAGCAUUAAAGGCGCUCAUCGGUACUCUAGAUGAUGAGCACCUUCCGAGGGCUCGAUCACUUCUCGGAGAGGAUCUUUGGUCGCAGAUUAUCUUCUUAAGUGUGCAGAAGACGGAGAGGAGUUUUUUGAGUAAUGGAAAGGUCUCCAACCGGGUCGCGAUCACGAAUUGGGACGUGAUCCCUGUCCUCAAUCCCAUUCCUUGUGAUCGUUGCCAGGGAAGGUAUCGCUGUGAGUAUACCGUGUCAGGCCGGAAUGGGAAAUGCCGCAGGUGUCGAUUGGGCGGUAAACGGUGCUCGUGGAAAGCUACUGAUGGUGCCACGAUCGUCGGACAACCGAAACAGGUUUCUUCAUCUGCAGGGAGUCCUCCACAGCCAGAUAAUGCUCCAAUGACAGCAGCGCCAUCCGAUCCUCCUCCUCGCGUAAAUGGUACGUCCGCCAGAAAUCAGGAGAAGGAAGGCCUAAAAGCAUCCUUGUCGUAUCUAUUGGCGGGCACUCUACCUCAUCCUUUGUCUCUCACCAUCAACAGCCAAACCGCUGCAAGUGCAGUUCAGACCGCUCCAGAUUCCUCACCUUGGUCACCCGCGCUGGUCCCGUCUUCUGACUCCGAACUUCCUCGGCCUUUGCGGCGCGAUGAUACUGUACUAGCCGCGAUACGUGCUUCGCCUGUUCAGUACGUUGAGGAUCAAGGGAAUAAAGCACACUUUUUGGGCAGCGCCUCGGACUCUACCACAGAACCGAUCACGGACCAGCAGACCUGGACAGCUGGAGGCGAGGAUCUAGUCGACGACACUUCAGUGCGAUCAAGAUCGUCUUCGGUUAAAUUUGUCGGCUCUCAGUAUAUAAUCUCAGAGAAAUUUUGUGCCUCAGCGGCGCGCGCCGUUGAGAAAGUCAAAGGCUUUGAUAAUCACAAUCCCGCCGAAGUAGGUGUCAACAUACAGGUUCAAGGUGCGAAGCGUCUGAGGGCUUGCUCUGUCGGGGACACACAGGAACCGAGGAAAGAAUAAAAGAGUUCGGAUAGUACUAAAUCUGUUAAUGCGAAGGAGGCAGAGUAUUUAGAACAAGUCAAGGACUCGGAGUUAGAGGACUGUCUCAAUAUUUUGGAAGCGAGGUCAAUCGAAAUGAUCAAAUUGAUCGCAGCGAUACGUCGCAGAAUUUCAGUCUCAAAGACAUGGAAGCCUUAGUAUACAUCUGUAGGUGAUUCGCAGAUAUGAGGUGUGGUGGACAGUGGACAGAUGGAUUGAUUCUAAGCUAAUCUGUAUAGUAGGGUGUCAAAUUUUCGAUCAUAAAACAGACAGUGGAAUCAUCGCGUUAAUGAUUUGUGGAAAGACAGCAACGUUCGCAUACAGUGUAGCGUGUAGUGCACUCCAGCGGCAGGGAUGAACUGUCAAAUGAAUCCUAAUUUUGAAAGUGGUCUGCUCGAUAAUACUCGGACAUGU